AUGGCUCGUCAGGUGGUUUCGGUUGUACGCUGCUUUGCAAAAAGAAAGCAUAACCAACGUGAUGAGCUCAAGACCAGCACAGGAUCAAGAUUAGCUCGAGCCAGUGCCGCAAGUUUUCGCAUGUCGAUGGACGAUGCCAAUGUUGGCGAUGAUGAGCCUGAAAGUGGUGACGAAGACAUUCUUAUUUCUCUUCCAACAUCGUGUAGAGCGUGGCGAGUGUAUCAUCGAGAGAAACGUGCGCAUGACUACACCAAGAGGAGAUUGGUGGCAACCUUUCAACGCGAGACUAAGCUUUUGAAGCUUGUUGCGAGUAUUGACGGACGGGUUGAAGUUGUAGAACGCACGGCAAUGGAAAUGGCGGAUCUGGAGGCUGCAAUGAUGAGAUUUGAGAUGAAGCUAGAUACUCAGGUACAAGAACUAGUGAUGCAAAACGACCUUAUACUCAAACUGGAAGCUUCGAAAGCUCAGUGUCAGUUUUACAAAGAGCGUCUGUAUGAAACAAAUGCUACUCUGUUAAAGUACAGAGGAGCUGAAGUUAGUGACGAAGGCAGCAGUGCUGGCAAUAAAUCGUCAGUUUGUCCAUGUCGACGCACGAAACCACGCAAACCAGCGUAA